CUGCAGAACCGUGGCCUGAAAAUGCCUCACUGUAUCAGCAACUGAAGGGGGAACAAAUACUUCUCUCUGACAAUGCAUCCUCUCUUGCAGUUCAGCCUAACCAGCCCAGACAUCCCAGCAGAGUGCUUCAGGGAAGUAAGUCUCUCCUCAUCCCACUGAGAGCAAGCAAUCAUCAAUGAGAUCCUUUUGGUAAUAAUUGUGGCAUUUUUGCAAAUGUGCAACCUACCUGUCAAAGUGGUUUGUAGAGCAAAUGCAGAAUAUAUGUCUCCCUCUGGUAAAGUCCCUUUUAUUCAUGUGGGAAAUCAAGUAGUAUCAGAACUUGGUCCAAUAGUCCAAUUUGUAAAAGCCAAGGGCCAUUCACUUAGUGAUGGGUUGGAUGAAGUCCAAAAAGCAGAGAUGAAAGCCUACAUGGAAUUAGUCAAUAAUAUGCUGUUGACAGCAGAGUUGUAUCUUCAGUGGUGUGAUGAAACUACAGUAGGGGAGAUCACUCGCUCUAGGUAUGGGUCUCCCUAUCCUUGGCCUCUGAACCACAUUUUGGCUUAUCAGAAGCAAUGGGAAGUCAAGCGCAAGAUGAAAGCUAUUGGAUGGGGUAGCAAGACUCUUGAACAGGUUUUAGAAGAUGUAGAUCAGUGCUGUGAAGCUCUCUCUCAACGGCUGGGAACACAACCAUAUUUUUUCAAUAAACAGCCAACGGAACUAGAUGCCCUGGUAUUUGGACAUCUGUUUACGAUCCUUACUACUCAGUUGACUAGUGACGCGUUCUCUGAGAAGGUGAAAAACUACAGCAACCUCCUGGCCUUCUGUAGAAGAAUUGAACAGCAUUUCUUUGAGGAUCAUGGAAAAGACAGCUCAUCUCUCAGAUCGCCAAAGACCUCGUUGCUCAAAUAGGAAGCUUCUGAAAUCUGUUUUGACUACAGUUCUAACAGAUGUUGAUUUAAAAAUGAAAUAUAAUUUUUUUCCAAAACGCCACACUUCCCUACCAUCUUUUCAUGAGUUUUGUGGACUUCACUGUAUACAUGUUAAACAUGAAUGACUGUGUUUUACUUGUAUUCUGUUUCAUAUCAAUUUCAAGUUUUCUUGUAGCAUAAACAUAAAAAUAAAGCAUAAAUAACUAUGAAA